AUGAGAAAGGCAGGUAAGCGCGCGGCUACUACGACAUACUUCUGCGAUAGCUGUGACUUCACAGGACCCAUCUACUUGUGUGUGAAGCCAAAGUGGCUGGAAGCGAACGAGAUGAUGAGCUGUUGGAAGAUUUGGCACACCAUCUACAAGAACGGUAAAGAGAUUCCAGAGGCCAUGAAGACCAAGUUCCGCGUGCGUGGUCCGAGGUCGGUGGGCUCUCCAGGGAAGUCGCCAGUUAAGCGUCGACGCGUAGGCUCUGCAGAAUCGGAAGACUCUGAAGACUCCGAUGAUUCUGAAGAUUUCAAGUAG